AUGGUAAUCUUCUUACCUUUGUUUCGAAAAUCAAGGAUACCGAGCACGCGUGCACAUCAUCCAUCGUUCAAAAAAACACUUCGCUUCAAAUACGUUUCACAUGUUGGGAACAGGAGCGUCGCUUGCAGACUUGCUCAACUUGACCCAUUUCACGAGAGUAUACUACAAUUUAUUGAAGACCUAGGGAAGCUUCAGUGUGAAGGAAAAAGCUUUUCUAGCUUUGACAACAAUGUGCUUCGCGUUGAAGGAGAGGGAAUUGUUUCGGCGCAGUAUAGGAUAAUUGGUCGACCACCUGGCGAUGAUUUCAACAUUUUGCGUUCAGAGCCAGUCCCCAUUUCAAACAUCGCCGACAACAGUGCUGAAAAAGCGGUACAAUAUGAGCAACAUUCUAGAGGUACGAUUAGCUCAGUUAGCUGCCACGGUUUUAAUAUCAUUUUAAUAUCAUUUUGUAUGGGUGGGUGUUCCUUUUCACGCUAGACACUUCGAGUCAUUGUCCAUUAUAAUUCUGAAAGAAUAUCUAAGCUUAUGCUUUGUUUGUUAAAAUGCUACGACCUAGAGUGUUUCUUCAGUUCUGCCUACGACCUUUAAAUUGGGGGGCAUUUUUUUGGUUGGGAAGACAUAUAUAAUUUGCAGUUCGUUGACACGAUGUUUCAUUUUUGAGGCUGUAUCAACAUUGUGUAUCAACUGAAAGGAGCGGGAAGCCAUUGAGGAAAAACGGAAAGUCGUAAUUUUGAAAUCCCAUCAGCGAAAGGUCCACACUAAUAAGCAAGAUAAAAAUGUUGUUAAAAAGUGCUAGAUGCUAGCAAAUCUUCAAUUUAUUUUCAAACAUCGUCCUAGUCACACUAGGGCCUUGGAAACUGAAAACGAUAAUCAAGCCGGACUCUCUGAACCGAGUCACGGGAGUCUACGCAUGCUAGCGGACUAAUUCAUGAUAUUCACCGGGUAUUGAGUCAUCUUUUUUCUUUAUAGUACCGUCCCUAUCCGAGGGUCACGGAGCUGAACUAGUAUCUUGAGUUGACAUAAUUUGAAUUGACUUAAGUGUGCAGUUUAAUACACUUAUGAAAUGUCUCGUAACACGCCAGUAUUGAAAGUCAAUAUUCCGAGCGAUAUCAGACACUGUCGAGACAAUGAAUAAUGUAAUCAGACUGUCGGAGCGAAUCGAGAUCAAUCAGAAUUCGUCAAGUUCGAAACACACAAUUAUAUACCAACCUAACUACGUUAGAACCUCCCGUUUUCAAGUUCGAUGGUUCCGAGAUGGUAGUCGCACAUUUUCAAAGAGUCUGCCAUGGAACCAUCAGUUUCCCUAAAAAACACCAGAAAAGAUGGCAAAGAAGUACAGUACUGACAACACGUCUUUGAGUUCUGUGCAACAAUCGUCAAAUUAAAGGGCUGGGAGACAAUUGUUACUCUCCAAACCCAGAUAAUUACAAGAAGUCGAAGAAGAUACAUCUGCAUGGAAGAACUGAAGUAGAUCAAGACGCGGGAGAAAAUCGCAUUUCAGCAGUGUUUCAGCGAGUACUCAGAUAACAUUAAAGCUCUAAACAUGCCUAUCGCGUGUUAUUUCCUUUUGUUGCUCGUUUUUUAAGAUUUCCUGCCUGGCAUGGAAAGGGUCUUAAAACGAAAACCUGAAAACAGGAAUUGGUUAUAAAAGAUGUGAACCCACACCCCCAAAAGUCGGCAGAGAGCAGAGUAAAUAGUUUAUUUCAGAAUAUCCGAGCUACAUAAACGUUUCAUAUCGAUCGAAAAUACUUUAAACUUUAUCAAGGUUUUUCAGCAUCGUUGAUUUGUACACGGAAGAUUUAAUAUUUUCUCUGUUUUCGUUUUCUUUGUUUUGGAGCUAAAUUUACAUAGAAUUAGUUCUUUGCUGAUUGUCUUAUUAUUUUUCUGAAAAUUAUGCUGAAAGAGAGUUCAAGGAUGUACACGAGAAUGAUUUAAGUUUCGUUUGGCGCGAUAGUUCAUUCGAGAAAAAGAUUGUUUGGAUUUCUUAUAAAACAACCCGCCACGGGGAUGUUUCAUUGAGUCAGGGUUAAUUAUGAUUGAUUAUUUCAGCAGGUUGCCCUAUUGAAACUGUGCCAUCAAUCAAUCAAAAGCAAACGAACGAGCACCCAGUCUAAAUGUAAUGCAAAUAAAAACGCCUAUCGAGCUAUUGUGGCUGUUUCGCAUUAUGAUAAGGUUUUCUUCAUUUUGUGGUAACCAUACUUUCUUUCAAAUUUAUAGGUUUCUUCGCGAGAUUGUGGAAUUUUUUUGCAGGUUCCAAAGGUUAGUACAGCUUCUUUUAUGUUACAGAGGUGGGGUGGGAGUUAGAUCUACUAUAGCAGUAUAUCAUACAUAAAUUCAGUAAUGUAUAGAUUUAGCUAAGAGCUCAAGGUUACUUUUAGUCUUUUAAGAACUAUCUUUCUAAAGAAAAGUUUUUUUAGUCUGCGAUGACUUGAAUACCAUAACUGAUCAGCGGAGAACUUUAAAAAGCACGCCACCUCAAUGAGUUGUCACGAUACAGUCAGGUGACGCUGGUCAGCAGGUACCCUAUUUUGACAGCUGUCAAUUGAUCAUACCAUGGAUGUCCAUGUAUCAAGUUAAACACAAUAGGACAAUUGCACGAUGACGUCAUUUUACUACAAUACCAGAAUCGUUGAGUUUGUUGUUUUCUUGUGCAAAUUAAGGCUAUUGUUCAUUAAUCAUCAGCGGGAUUGACAAAUUUAAAUAACAAAGCAAAACCGAAAUGAAUUCUGGUAGUUGUAGUCAAAUAUCGUCGUCGUGCAAUUGUCCUAUUUGCAUGUGCCUUGGACUUUAUAGGUAGUCGUAAGGAAGACACUUCACUUCCGCUUAAAUGAAAGGUGAACAUACGUACGUACUUACGGACGAUUGUGUCAGAACCAAAAUUUCCUGGACGCAGUAAUAAUCAUUUUCUUUUACCCACGGUGCUCCGCUAAAACGAGAAGAGUGUUACCAGUUCUGGUCAAUUUCUUUAUUCCAAGGACCCUCACAUUUUCUUCAGGGAGUAUGAGAUUCUGAUCACAGUAGUGAUUGGAAAUUUGUUUGUUGUUUUCACGAGUCUUUGGAGUCACUCUUGUGGACGGACGAAAACAGAGGUUGCCCGCCGACGAUGAUGUCAUACAUCAUUCAGCGCAUGCUCUGCAAGGGAUGCUAUCGUAUGCCCAUCGUUUUAGCUUCUUCAUUUGGAAGGACCAAAACGAUUCGAAUACGCUACCUGUGAGGGCGCGUCUUUUUAAUACACAAAAGAAAUCCUCCUUUUAAAAAUAUUCAGAUACGUGUGGAUAAGUGUGAAUAAGGUCUUAGUAUCCCUUCCCUAGUAAACAGGCGUUCUCUUAGCCUGCAGAACAGGAGUUGAUUUUUCGCGUUUUCUGCCCUUUUAAAAUUGUGUUGCACUCGUAGAAAAAAAUUCAAAAAUACCCCUGAAAUGCCCAAGAAUCUUGUUUUGUUGGCUUGGCGUAAAUUUCCUCCUCCGUUAUUUUGGUACAUUUUCAUUAGCGAUAAAGACUAUUCAGAUGACUAACUAAAAGUUCCGUUUAUAUUAGUCCUAAUAUCGUAAGAAGUCUGAAAGGUACCGCGACAACUCUAACUGCGGUAAAUUUUAGACCUUUUCACCCUAAACGGUACCAGUUCGUGAGAUGAAACUUUAAAUGGUUUUCACAUGACGUCACCACAGUUCACAAGUAAAGAAUUAUCGAUCUCCUGAGCUUUUACUUUCAUGAAGCGUCAGAACAGCUUAAAACCUAUAUCCGUUACAAAUUCUCCCUUCGAAAGGGUUCUUUGUUUUGGGAUAGAGUACGCUUGAAUUUCUAACCUGUCAUAUUAGUUAAAAAGUGACUUGUUUUGGAGGAUUUUGUUAUCUGAACAGUCCUUUUAUUAGAAAAAAGUCAUACUUAAAUGUUUAUGAGUUCCUCGAGGAUUGAAUUAAUGCUUUCGUAGCAAAACUAGGUAAUAGACGUUUCUGUUAGUUUCCGGCCGCCAUGUUGGUGCCCCUCAGAGGGAAACCAACGUGGCGUCUCCAUACUAAGCUCUAUAAAUUCAGGUAUAACAUUUCUCCGAAUAUCUUGCAAAUGAAAAGUUACAUCGAGCUGAACCUUGGCGAGGUUCUUUGUAUGUUUACCUUCUUUCAUUUCCCAGAUUCUGGACUUAAUUUAUUGAACGGUUUUGAUUUUUGUGUUCGAUGACUUGACAGUGAAAACCAGCAAUAGGCAUGAUGAGCACCGCCGUUAUUUUUUAAGGGGGUUCCCUAAGGGUUUUGUCAUCACAAGUGGGAAUACGUAAAUGCAGAGCGUAAAGAAGAUGGUUAGCGGGGAAUGAAUCUUUUAGAACAAAGGAACAUGAGUGAAAAAGGUUGAUCAGAAGUUCCAUUCUGUGGCAACAGCUUUAUUUACAUUUCGCUUUAGAAUAAUAAUAGUUACAGAAGGUAGUUUUAGUCUAACGGUCAGUUGCAUACAGUGUAAUAAAAGGAAAACUAAAAAUACAUUACAGGUAAGGAAAUGCCUAGCAUCUAAAGAAACUACAAAAGAUCCACUAUCUGUCUUUUAGUAAUGAGAUUGUCACCAACCUACUCUGUAUUUGUGCUGAUAAAGCUAAAACAAUUUUUCGUUGAACGCGGUGGAAAAAGUGUAUUCUUUAUUCUUUAUUCAAGUGAAAACCACUGUAAGUAACCGGUCAAAAUGACUGGAGAUUUUGCCUGGAAAAAUUGUCAUCUUCACCAGACAAGUUUAGUUAUAACUUUUGCAGGCAGCUUUUAAGACAGAUUCAGAAAAAAGCUUUUGGCUCUUCAGUUGCAGGUAAAUUUUUGAGUAAGAACAUAAAGGUGGAACAUGACUUCAUUCAAGUCGAUGCCUUGACGUCAUGGGGUCAGACGAAGAGUGACGUGCACAUGCACGUGUUUCCAAAAAAGGAGGUGCUUGAAAGGCAGCAGAAACCUGGUGGUAUUCCGCUGAAUAUUGCGCUGAUUAUGUUCGACUCCACGUCAGCGGCUAACUUUAGGAGAAAAAUGCCAAACAGCUUGGAAUAUUUGACAGAUGAUCUGAAUUCAUUGUUGAUGCGAGGUGAGGAUAUUUUCUACGACAUUAACCUCCAUAGGGAUAGUAACGGGGUUUAAUUGUGCUGGAAAUACUUAACUAGGAUGGAUACGAGAAAUAUAUACAUAUCUCAUGACAGCUGCAGGGUUUUGGUAUCAUGUGGAUGUACCCGGAUGCAGAGGUUCAGCUAAACUUAAAGAAGAAGCAAAUGCGAAAACUACCAGAGUUUCUGCAGAUUCAUAUAUUGUUUUAUAACUACCACACUCUCUAAGAGCCCAUUACCCGUUUCCCAUUACGAGCGGUUGCUGCUCAGCUGCUGCUACUUCCACUAGCACUACUACCACUGCUGCUAUUGCUACUGCUAUUACUUCUGUUGCUGUUACUACGAUUACUACUGGCACUACUGCUGCAGCAACUCUAUACUCUUCUGCUGCUGUUGCUGCCGCUACUGCUAAUUCUGCUGCUACUGCUACUAACACUACAACUGCUGCUACUCGUCCGCUACUGCUGCUGCUACUGAUCAUAAUGGUGUUGUUUCUGCUGUUGAUGCUGGUGUUGUUGCUGCGUCUGAUGGAGGUACUGUUUUUGAUGCUGAUAUUUCUGAUAUUUUUGCGAGUUUAUAUACUGUUAAUGAUAGUGCUGGUGCAGUUACUGGGAAUUUUGCUGCUGCUGCUGCAGGCGCCCGCUGGUGCGGAUUUUGCUGCUGGUGCUAGGUCAUUAGUUGAUACAUAAUGAUUAUUUCGUGCUUAUUGUGUCUACAAAUUGUCAUGACAAUUGUAAUGUAGUGCGCUGUUUUACAAAUUUAAAGGUCAAACAAUUGUUGGGGAUGGUACCACAGCUCAGCUAGCCGCUCUUUUGACUGGAAUUGCAGAAAAAGAUCAACCGGAGGCGAGGAAAGAUAUGGGAAAUGCAGCCAGCCCUGUUGACAUAUGGCGAUGGAUAUUCAAGGAUUUCAAGAAAAAGGGAUAUGUAACAAUGUUCUCGGAAGACUCACCUCAUUUAGCUUCGUUCAAUUAUCGCCUGAAGGGCUUCAAAGAUCCCCCAACAGAUCAUUUUGCACGACCAUUCUGGAUGGUAGCGGAGGAUCUGGGAUGGACGGAAUAUUGCAUCAACAGUAGAGCUUCUCAUAAAGUUUCGUUUGAAUAUCUGUUGAGUUAUUUCCGAGCUUACAAGAACAUGCCAAAAUUCUCCUUAGUCACACAUGCUGUGAUAUCACAUGACAGUUUAAAUAGUAUUGGCUAUGCCGAUGAUGAUUUCAAGAAUUUUCUGCAACAGAUGAAUAAGGAAUCAUUCCUUAACAACACGUUUCUUGUCAUUUUUGGAGACCACGGAUCACGCUAUUCAAAAGCAAGGCAGACCAUCCAAGGAAAACUUGAGGAACGGCUUCCAUUUCUAUCAAUCACAACACCAAAAUGGUUUCCAGAACAGUACCCGAAGCUCUAUAACAACCUUGUACAUAAUUCAGGUGUUCUUACUACACCGUUUGAUCUGUACGCCACCCUUCGUCACAUAACCACGUACCCCGAGUAUCCAAGUGGGAUUACAACCGGUCAAAGCCUGUUUAACCGGAUUGACGAGGGAAAUCGCACGUGCGCCGUUGCAGGUGUUGAGGAACACUGGUGUCCUUGUCUUAAUUUAGAGGAAAUUUCGGUGAAUGAACCUGUUGUUGGGCAAUUGGCGGAGUUUGUAGUGAUUCAUAUGAAUAAAUUGCUUUCACAAAACCCCAAAGUAGCAAAACUGUGUCAAAAGCUUGUUUUGAAAGACGUGAGAAGCGCUUUCCGUGACAUGCCUAGUGAGACACUACAAUUUUUCGAGAAAUCUAAACGUGACGAGAUAUGCGAUUCCUGCGGACUUGAGUAUGGAGGCAAAUCAAAGAACACGCUUGUUUCGGAUACUCUCUAUCAGUUACAAUUAGUCACAUUUCCAAAUGAUGGAUUUUACGAGGCAUCAGUUAGAAUGAAAAAAGGUAGUCCUUCACUUGUUGGUGAAAUCAGUCGUUUGGACGCCUAUAAAGACCAGAUCUUCUGUCUUCAAGAUUUAUACCCUGGUGCACGUAAAUAUUGCUAUUGUUAUUAGAAUCCUCAGUAGGAACGUUUUUCAUUGGUGUAUUGGCGAGAUAGCCCACAUUCUGUUAAUGCGAGCUUUUUCCAAAUGCAGUGGAAAUUGAGUAUUGCCUUCCAGUCGGGCAACUAAUCCAGCCGAUCAAAUUAUAUGUCUUUUGAAAGAUUCAGCUGGACAAAGAAGAAGAAUGGUAACGAGAGUGGAGUGGGAACUCGCCGCGAUGGACGACUAAGAUCGCCUGGUGGAUGCUUGUCGACGCAAGGAUCGAUGUAAAUUGAAAAUCCAAACAAUAAUGUUAAGCUGUCUUUCUCG